CAGUGCCAAGCAUUCAUUAAAGUGAAAGCAGUUCCUGCUCUCAGGGAAAAGAGCCAUGGCUGCUGUCUUCCUCCCCGGUAACCUCCAAGACGAGGCGACUUGUUCGGUCUGCCUGGAGUUCUUCAAAGACCCCGUGUCCAUAGAGUGCGGUCACAACUUUUGCCGAGCCUGCAUCACCAAGAGCUGGAGAGGCCUGGAGAUGGAUUUCCCCUGCCCUCAGUGCCGGGAGAUCUUCCCACAGAAGAACUUCAGGCCCAACAGGCAGCUGGCUAACAUGUGCGAGAUCAUCAGCCAGUUUGCAGUAUCUGGGACGAAAGAGGCUCUGGAGGAGGGGCUCUGUGAGAAACACAGGGAAGCGUUCAAACUCUUCUGCAGGGAUGAUCAGAGGUCGAUCUGCGUGGUGUGUGACAGAUCCCGGGAGCACCGGCCUCACACUGUGGUGCCCGUAGAGGAGGCUGCCCAGGAGUACAAGGAACAAAUUAAGAGCCGUUUGGAUUUCCUGAAGAAAGAGAGACAAGAAUUGCUGGAAUUUAAAUCAAAGGAUGAUAAGAAAAGUCAAGAGCUACUGAAAACUAUAGAGUUGGAGCGGCAGAUGCUCAUCUCUGAAUUUGAGGGUCUGCGCCAGUUUCUGCACGACCAGGAGCAUCUCCUCCUGAGCCAGCUGGGGAAGAUGGAGAAGGGCAUCGCCAAGAAGCAGAAUGAGAACCUCACCGAGCUCUCCAAGGAGAUUUCACUCCUCAACCAACUGAUAACAGACUUGAAAGAGAAAAUCCAACAGCCGGUGCUUGAGUUGCUCAAGGAUGUGACGAGCAUCUUGAACAGAAGCAAUGGUCUGAAGUUUCAGAAGCCAGUUCCUGUCUCUUCUGAUAUGAAAAGCUCUAUCAGCAAUUUCUCUCUCAAGACUGUUGUCCUCAAGGGAGUGUUCAAGAAAUUCAAAGAGACUCUGCAGGAUGAACUGGGAAAAGGUGAAAAAGGUAAAAGGAACGUAGUCUUUACCUUGUGGUUGUAAGUUACACAGGGUUUUGGCACAGGUGCCAACUUUCUUCUUUCCGGGUGGGUGCUCCAACCCUCUCUGCCCUGAGGCCCUGCCCCCACUCUGCCCCUUCUCUCAAGGUCCCACCCUUGCUCUGUCUCUUCCUGCCCCCACUCCACUCCCUCUCCCCAGCGACUCCUGCCCACUGCUGAACAGCUGAUCGGCAGAGCCCACUACACAGCUGAUUGGUGGGUGCUGAACCCACUAUUUUUUUUUUUCCACACUGGAGCACCCAUAGAGUCGGCACUUACGAGUUUUGGUGGAGGAAAAUGACAAUUUUAAUUUUCUUCUCUCUCAAUGGUUUCCAGAUGCAGUUGGCUUAGGCCUGGUCUACACUAAAAAGUGAAGUUGACCCAGCUGUGUCGCUCAGGAGUGUAAAAAAUCCACACCCCAUAGCGACAAAGCUAAGCCAACCUAAUUCUCCAGGUAGACUGCACUAGGUCAACAGAAGAAUUCUUUUGUUGACCUACCUGCCUCUUGUGGUGGUGGAUUACCCACGUUGACGGGAACGCCUCUCGUUAGCAUAGGUAGUGUCUACACUGAAGCACUACAGUGGCCCAGCUGCAGCUGUAGCAUUUCAAAUGUAGACUCAGUUCAAGAGUCAAAAGAUGGGUUUUCUCACUGAGGGUCUGAAAGUCAAGCUGGAUCCUUUCUGCCUGUUACACACACCAGCCUGCAGCUUGCAAUGGAAAGCACAGAGAUUUUAACUUACUCUGGUUUCAUCCAAUUCCCUCUGGUUCCUCGGGCAUUUCAAACAGCAAAUUAAGGUCCCAAUUUUGCCAAACUUACACUGAGAUCUGGUCUAGAAAGUUUUACUGGCAUAGCUAUGUCAGAAAUGUGAAAAAAAAUCAUACUUCUAUGGAUAUCCAGUAGAACCUCAGAGUUACGAACACCAGAGUUAUGAACUGACCAGUCAACUACACACCUCCUUUGGAACCAGAAGUACGCCAUCGGGCAGUAGCAGAGGCCAAAGAAACGCAAAUACAGGACAGUACUGUGUUAAACGUAAACUAC